UCUGCGAUUCUGGUUCCGCCUCCAGCAAAAAAAAAAAAGAGCUAACCUAGCAAUGUGGCCUCAUUAUCAGCUGCAGAACAAGGUACGAGGAGACUGGGAUUAAUGUGUCAUGGGAGAAAGCAUCCGCAAGUCGACGGAGUUGCUUUGAAAACACUGCAAGCGGAUCAGUGGCGAAGGAGAGCGGAGUGGUAACUUUGGACGUUCUGGAAGGUUAACACCUGGAAGCAGAAAGAAGAAGAAACACAGAGUUCCACUGCACAAACAAGAAGAGAGUGUGACGGUGAGAGGGAGAGAGAGAGAGAGAGAGACGGCUGGAUCCACAGGUGAAGAUGGACACUUUACUCCUGCUCUGCUGCCUGGUCCUCACCACCUCACAUCACCUUCUUUGCUCCGGUCACAUGGUAUAUGUAGCUGAACUCUCCACCGACAAGUAUGUUCAGUCCAGCACGCAGUCCCAACAUGUGCAGAUAAACAGUCCCCCUGUGGUUGCAGUGGAGUUACCCAAAUCAGUGAAGAACAGAAAAGGAAAGAAACAGAAAAAGAACAAAUUCAAGAGGAAGCCACCGCCGCCUCCUGCGAACUGCGUCCCCCUGUGGGCAAGCUGUAAAACUGCGGGGAACGUUUGCUGCGAUUCCUGCGCCUUCUGCAAGUGUCGCCUCUUCAGGACCGUGUGUUUCUGUCGAAUGGGGAACCCGCAGUGCUGAACGGCCCCCUGCAGGCCAACCCGCGCCCAGGCUACGGCAGCGGCGUGGUCCAAUAUCAACUGCAUGAAAGCACUUUAGAGGACUGCUUCGGAGGGAACGUUCCUGACAUUCCACAGAGUGCAGAACAUGUAGCACCGCUUUGGAACAUAUGGAGGAAAUCUUCUUUUCUUUUUUUCUUUUUUUUUUCCACUCUGAGCUUUCAGCAUGCGUUCGCAGAACUUACUGUAUGUGCAAACACUUUUUGCUACAGCGUGUCGUUUUUAUACAGACAAACAGAAUGUGCAUCGAGUCGAGACCAGAGACGAGAAGCCAUAUUAGAAUAAAGUUAUCUAACAGUCUCCUCUAACCAGCGCCAGUUUCACUCAUGCACAACGAGUCACUGAAGGUAGUUAUUUACCCCCAGAUGGAACUCGUGGAUGUGACGGCAACAGUUGCUGUUGAGGUUUUGAUCUUACAUGUGGUAACAGACAGAUUCCAGAAAUACGCAGUUAUGGACUAAAUCACGGACGAUAAAAGCAUUUUACCACGUUCUGGUUGGGAUCCAUUGGCCAAGAAGAAAGUUCUCAAGUUAAGGAGACAGCUAUACAAAUAAACGCCAUGGUGAUGAUUCACUGUACAUCCAAAAAUCUCUUCAGCUUCAGUUCUGCAACACUUUGAAAUUAGGAAGUACACGAAUGUCUUUCUUUCUUUUCAUUGUUUUUUUA